GCUUUCAAUGUAUGCUGGUUACGUACUAGUAUGUCUGUGUGUGUGUGUGUGUGUGCCUUGAUGCGAUGAUGGCGGUGGCUUGUUUGUCUUUUUUUCUAUUUCUUUUCCUACUUCUUUUCUUCUUCUUUUUCUUCUUCCGAGAAUGCGCCAGGCACCGAAUCACGCGUGUGUGCCUAUGUUGUACUGCACCCAAUCGCUCAGCCCGGAUCUGCCUUGUCAUCAACAUGUUGUUUUGCUGUUGCAUGUAUCUAAGUAUGUACACAGUAAGAGAGAGCUGUUUUCCACUUGGCAGUCUGUCUGCCUUGGCUCGCUUGGCUACAUACAUCGUGCGUACAAUACAUGUACAGACCUUGCAUGUGAGUAAUAAACCCAGUGAAGGGGGGGGUGCUCGCUAGUGAGACGAGGCUCGGUUCUACAAUCUAUGAUAGUCACCGUCUGCUGUGCAACUCCGAUAGCCAUAAAAAAAAACGGGACGGAGGACCCAGAUCUGGCAACUAUGUACACAGGCCAUAUUCUUUCUUCUUCAUACGGUGUCUUUUUUAUCCCUAAUACCUAGAACCUUUGAACGGAUUUUCCGUUUUGGGGAUAAGCAUGCGCGGGUUGAACGCCGUUUCUCUCUAACGACACGGCACAUACAUAGAAGGGGGCGGCGUGGAAAGCGGAGAACGAGGCUGUGGUGUUUUUCUGGUGUUUCAAGGUCAGUCACCCGCGGUCAUUUUUGGAAAAAACUGUCCCUGUCCAGUCCACGGCUGCCUUACCAGCCGCCGCUUGACUGCCUUACAUAACUGUACCUUUCGUGCCACCUGCAUGGGAG